AUGGACCUGUUUGAGACGAUCAGCCACAUCAACACGCAGACGGUGGUGGAGCUGAUUGACGGAUUCAGGGAGCAUAGGCCGCAGAAGCAGAUCAACAGAAUCAUCGAGACAAUCACGACGUACAUGCCACCAGCGUACAGCGAGGAGAUAACGACGUACAUCGUGGACAGGGCAGCAGAUGCAGCAGGGGUGCCAUCGCCAAAUGGGCAGAUUGUGCACAAGGAGGCAGUUGGAAGGACAGCGACAGUCACAGGGCCAAAUGGAGAGAAGCAGACAGUCACAGGGGAGCCAGGAACAAGUCGGAUUGUACAGAAAGUGAGGACAGAUGGAGUACCAACAGUCACAGCACCAUCAUCAGAGCCAACACCACAGUUCAAUGCAACCAAUCCAAGGAUAAUGGAGCCACAGCCAUUCACACCAAAUCCAAACAUAAACAGGAAACCAGGAGGAAGUGGUGGUAGUGGUAGUAGUGGUAACAAUGGUAGUAGUAGUCCACUAGGGGGAAAUGGUAACACUAGUCCACUAGGGGGAAAUGGUAACACUAGUCCACUAGGAGGAAAUAAUCAAACAGGUGGAAAUGGUAACAAUCCACUAGGCGGAAAUACUGGAAACACUGGAAACAAUCAAACAGGUGGUAAUCCACUAGGAGGAUACAGUCCACUAGGCGGUAACAAUUCCAAUUCCAAUUCCAACCCAACUGGAUCAAACGGUGGAAACAGUUCCAAUUCCAAUCCAAAUACAACCACUAACAAUGACAACGACAACGACAAUGCUGGAAGUGGUGAAAUCCCACUCAACUACCUAGCACCAUGA